AGUCGAAACAUGCAUUGUGUUUAUAUAUUUUGAAUUUAUUAACUAUUAUCCUGAAGCUGUCCUUGUACUUUGUAGAUUUUAUAUUACAGACUACAGAGAUACAGAUUAUAUUUAUAAUUAAAACAAUAUUAUAAUCGUUUGUAUCGCUGCAGUAAAUGAUUCGGUGAUAUUUGUAAACAAUGACUGCAACAGCGUCUGCAGCAACUGCUACUUUAGAUGAAGAUUUAGAUGAUUGUGGACCGCAACUUAUUAGUAAACUAGAGGGCAAUGGCAUUACAUCAGGGGAUAUAAAAAAAUUAGAAGAAGCUGGUUAUCACACUGUGGAAUCAGUUGCUUAUGCACCUAAAAAAUGGUUGAUAACUAUAAAAGGCAUUUCAGAGGCAAAAGCAGACAAAAUACUGGCAGAGGCUUCUAAACUUGUGCCUAUGGGAUUCACUACAGCUACAGAGUUUCAUCAAAAAAGAGCUGAGAUAAUACAAUUGACGACAGGAUCAAAGGAACUAGACAGGCUACUCGGAGGUGGCAUUGAAACUGGUUCCAUCACAGAAAUCUUUGGUGAAUUCCGCACGGGCAAGACACAGCUAUGUCACACGCUUGCUGUUACCUGUCAAUUGCCCAUAGAGCAAUCAGGCGGCGAGGGUAAAUGCAUGUACAUCGAUACAGAAGGCACAUUCCGACCAGAGCGACUGUUAGCCGUAGCACAACGGUACGGGAUGGAAGGGGCUGCAGUGUUGGACAAUGUGGCGUACGCUAGAGCUUAUAAUACUGAUCAUCAGACACAACUGUUGGUGCAGGCCUGCGCUAUGAUGGCUGAAUCUAGGUAUUCCCUCCUUAUAGUGGACAGUGUGACAGCGUUGUACCGGACAGACUACUCUGGUCGCGGAGAGCUAAACCCGAGACAGCAACAUCUUGGAAGAUUUAUGAGGAUGCUGCUACGCUUGGCUGAUGAGUUCGGCGUAGCAGUAAUAAUAACCAACCAAGUGGUCGCUCAAGUGGAUUCUGUAGGAGUGUUCAACGCAGACACAAAGAAACCCAUCGGAGGUCACAUCCUAGCCCACGCUUCAACCACCAGGCUAUACCUCCGGAAGGGUAGAGGAGAUAACAGGGUGUGCAAGAUAUAUGAUAGUCCGUGCUUGCCGGAGACGGAAGCCAUGUUCGCUAUCAGCUCAGAGGGCAUCACGGAUGCUAAGGAAUGAAGAAAUACAAUUUAUCUUUUUUAUGUAAAGAAAUAUGGAGUCUGGACACCUUUUUCAUUUAUUUAUAGUCAAUAUUAUUUCGAGUUUUUUAAAUGUUAAAAUGAAAAUUUA